AGCUGCACAUACAACACCGAGCCUGUCUCUCUACAGGCACACACACCUGCUAGGAGACAGUCGUAGAUAGACAGAGAUUCUUAAAGUAGAAUAAAAAUGUCUGGCAUUGCAGCUAAACUUCAGCACAACCGGGAGAAAUCCCAAGGGAUAGGAGCUAACUCUAGAGCGGUUAAAUACCUGAACCAGGACUUUGAAUCGCUGAGGAACAGCUGUCUGGAGAGAGGGCAGCUUUUUCAGGAUGACUGCUUUGAGUCUCUGCCAUCAUCCUUAGGCUUCAAAGAUCUGGGACCAAAUUCCCACAAAGUUCGGGGCAUCCAAUGGAAAAGACCAAGGGAGUUGUGCUCCAAUCCACAAUUCAUAUUUGAGAAUGCUUCCAGGACUGAUAUCUGUCAAGGAGCACUUGGGGACUGCUGGCUCUUGGCGGCUAUUGCCUCCCUGACUCUCAACAAACAGGUUUUGUCUCGUGUUGUCCCCCACGACCAAAGCUUUGAGAAGAACUACGCUGGCAUUUUUCACUUUGAGUUCUGGCAGUUUGGUGAGUGGAUGGAUGUGGUGGUUGAUGACCGCUUGCCAACCAAAGAUGGAGAGCUGCUGUUUGUUCACUCAGAGAAAAAUUCUGAGUUUUGGAGCGCGCUGCUGGAGAAGGCCUACGCCAAGCUUAAUGGAUGCUACGAGGCUCUUUCUGGAGGCAGUACCAUUGAAGGUUUCGAGGACUUCACUGGAGGCAUUGCUGAGAGGCAUGAACUUGCGAAGGCAAACCCCCGACUCUUCAAAACCAUUAAGAAGGCCUUGGACAGAGGCUCGCUUUUGGGAUGCUCUAUUGAUAUUACCAGCGCGUCUGACUCAGAAGCCGUCACAUAUCGCAAACUGGUGAAGGGCCAUGCCUACUCGGUGACAGGGGUGGAGCUGGUGGAGUACAGAGGAGACCGGGUGCAGCUGAUCAGGAUUAGGAACCCAUGGGGUCAGGUGGAGUGGAAUGGAGCCUGGAGUGACAAGUCUUCUGAGUGGAGAUAUGUGAGUGACAGUGACCGGGACAGGCUGGUCAAGCAUUGUGAGGACGGGGAGUUCUGGAUGUCAUUUUCUGACUUCCUGCGCCAGUAUUCCCGCCUUGAGAUCUGCAACCUGACACCUGAUGCCCUCACAGACGACCAGUUCAAGAAAUGGGCGGAGUCAGAGUUUGAAGAAACAUGGAGAAGAGGCGUGUCAGCUGGUGGCUGCAGAAACUUUCCAAACACAUUCUGGAUGAAUCCUCAGUUUGUCAUAAAGCUGGAAGAGGCAGAUGAUGACUCUGAUGAUGGUGAAGAUGGCUGCACCUUCAUCGUGGGCUUGAUGCAGAAGAACAGACGCUGUAUGAGGAAAAUGGGGCAGGACAUGGAGACUGUUGGCUUUGCCAUCUACGAGCUGCCUGAGGAGUACUAUGGCCAAAAGCAAGUGCACCUGAAAAGAAACUUCUUUGUGCGCCACGCAUCAGCAGCGCGCUCCGAGACCUUCAUCAACCUGCGAGAGGUUUCCAACCGCUUCUGUCUUCCCCCCGGCGAAUACCUCAUCGUCCCCUCCACCUUUGAGCCAAACAAAAACGGAGACUUUUAUGUGAGGGUGUUCUCUGAGAAACAGGCCUCAUUCCAAGAGAUUGAUGAUCCUGUGGACUGCCAUGUUGAGCAGAUUCAUGUUGAUGAAGAUGACAUCAGUGACAGAUUCAAGAAACUGUUUGGACAGCUUGCCGGACAUGAUGUGGAGAUUUCUGCAUACGAGCUGCAGAGAAUCCUCAACCGAGUGGUGGGGAAGAGAACCGACCUUAAAACCAGUGGGUUUAGCCUGACGACUUGCCGCAACAUGAUCAAUCUGCUGGAUAAAGAUGGAAGUGGGAAGCUGGGAAUCGUAGAAUUUAAGAUCUUGUGGACAAAGAUUGAGAAGUUCCUGGAACUGUACAAAAAUAGAGAUACAGACCAAAGUGGCUGUAUGAGCGGCUCUGAGAUGCGGGUGGCUGUUGAGGAUGCUGGUUUCUCUCUCAACAACUCACUGCAUCAGAUCAUUGUGGCUCGCUACUCUGAACAAAACCUCACCAUUGACUUUGACAACUUUGUGUGCAGCCUGAUUCGCUUGGAGUCCCUCUUCAAUACCUUCAAGACCCUGGACAAGGAUGGGUCUGGUGUGAUAGAGCUGGGUUAUAUGCAGUGGCUAAGUCUGUCGAUGUUGUAGAGGAGCUCCACUGACUGUUAACAGAUGGAGAAUGAAGAAGUUGUGUUUUUAACAGAUAUCAAAUCUGAAUAUUAUAUCAUAGAGUGGCUUCAAGUUUGUAUUUCAUUUACAACCUAAUCGAUGGACUCUGAGGGGGAAAUAAUUACUGGGUUUGAUUUUCCAAAAACAUAAUAAAACCAGAAUUUCACACAA